AUGCUACCACUCAGCCAGCAAACUCGCUCAAACCGUCGGUUGUCCUCGUUUUCAUGGCGUGCGCCGCCUCGACAACCAAUAUUCACGGCUGUGCAGACGCGACCACUGAAAAAGUUGAUCUCUAACUUGAAUAUUCUACACCAUGAACUAUCCGCUGGAACUGGAGCUGCCUUGGUAAGUAAUUGCUCCGCUGGACUAACCACUAGGGUUGAGAAGUACCGGCCGUCUGUGCUGGCCGACGUGGUGGGCAACAAGGAGACUGUCGAGUCGCUCAAAAGAAUCGCAGAGGAAGGAAACAUGCCGCAUCUCAUCAUCUCUGGACUGCCCGGUAUUGGUAAGACGACGUCUGUGCUGUGUUUGGCACAUGAGCUUCUGCAGGAUCAAUUCCGUGAUGCGGUGCUCGAGCUGAACGCGUCGGACGACCGUGGAAUCGACGUGGUGCGGAAUAAGAUCAAGCAGUUUGCGCAGAAGAAGGUGCAACUUCCACCGGGAAGACACAAGAUUGUGAUUCUGGAUGAGGCCGACUCGAUGACCCCGGGCGCGCAGCAGGCUCUUAGACGGACAAUGGAGAUCUACUCCAACACCACGCGGUUUGCGUUCGCCUGCAACCAGUCGAGCAAGAUCAUCGAGCCGUUGCAAAGUAGAUGUGCGAUUCUGCGGUACAACAAGCUCGAGGAUGAGGAGAUUCUCAAGAAACUGCUGCAGAUCAUCAAGUUGGAGAACAUCGAGUACACGAACGACGGGCUGGAAGCCCUGAUUUUCACCGCCGAGGGAGAUAUGAGACAGGCCAUCAACAAUCUCCAGAGCACUUUCUACGGGUAUGGGUUUGUCAAUUCAGACAACGUCUACAAGAUUGUGGAUUCUCCGCAUCCUCUAGUGAUAGCCAAGAUGCUGAGGCUAUGUAUCAAGGGCGACCUGGACCAGGGACUGGACAUUUUGCGCAGCCUGUGGUCCAAGGGCUACUCUGCUAUUGACAUUGUGAGUACAAGUUUCAAAGUGCUCAAGGCCAUGUACGAUAUUGACGAGGAGAGCCGUCUACGCGUGAUCAAGAUUGUUGGUUUUAGCCAUAUGAGAGUGCUGGAGGGCGUGUCGACCUACUUGCAAUUGAGCUGUAUGCUGGCCAAGAUCUACGAGCUCAACGAUACAGUUAAAUUGCAGGCCUAA